GUACUUCCUGGAGAUUGUAAACAACAGUAGUUUGAGCUCGAGCACAUUUGGUAAAAUGCCCAUCAAGAAAAAGAAAAGCGGGAAGAGCAAGAAAAAGUCCGGUAAGAAGAGUGUAUCUCGAGCAGCAGGGGACUCAGGUGGUGAAGAUGAAGGAAUUGAGGAGCCGGUCACAGCCAUAUCAGGAGAAACACCUCCACCCAAACCUACUACACCCAACAAGAAAAAGAAGAAAUCUGCCAAGAAGAUGACAAAAUCAGAAAAAGCCAUGGCUAAGUUGGACAAGGCAGCAGGCAAGAUCAGAGAGUCAGGUGGAGCUUUUCACAAGUUUAUCAGCAGGAUGGACAGAUGGAUAACUGUAUAUUACCCUAAGGCUGUUGAACUCUUCCAGAAAUUUGAUGAGGAAGGCUUUGGCACCCUGACAUACGAAGAGUUCAAAUCUGGGAUGUAUGAUCUGGAUGCACCGUGCUCAACAGUUGAACUACAUUUACUGGCCAGGCUGUUAGAUGAAGAGGACACAGGGGAUAUUGACUACACUAAGCUGGCUAAAGGACUUCAGUUUGUAAGGGAAAAAGAGCAACUGAAGAGGAAUGAAGAAGAAGGUGCAUCAAGGCUGAUUUUAAGCGAGAGGAAAUUAGAGCAUUGUGCCUGUUGUAAACUUGGCCUUUGGCAUCCCUACACAGAGAAGAAUCCAAAAUAUUUAUUGGUGGAAAUGCGACUGGUCACAUUUGACAAUUUUGAGGACCACCCUGGCCAUGUGACUUUUGUCAUCCACUUGCAUGCAACCAUACAAGCUCUUAUUCAACUGAUCCGUGAUGAAACAGACAUUCAGUGUACAACCAUGGCAAUAUUUGAGGAUGCUUCAAGAUCAAAAGACGCCUACCUGCCAGAGCAUAAAACUUUAGAUGAGUUGGGUUUCUUUGGUGGCUCAAUUGAUAACCCAGAGGAGAUAACCCUGUUUUAUGAUUAUAUGGUGGAGUUUACUGAUUGUCCAUUGCUUCUCUGUGACCAUUAUUUUGGACAGAAACAUUAGUAGAAUUAAUAUAAUUAAGUAUGAAGAACGCUUAUCUGAGUUGUCUGCUUU